AUGUUCAGGAACAACUACGAUAACGAUUCCGUCACCUUCUCGCCGCAAGGCCGCAUCUUCCAGAUCGAAUAUGCGGGCGAGGCCGUGAAGCAGGGAUCAGUGGUGGUCGGAAUUGCCAGCAAAACACAUGUCGGCCUGUUUGCCGUCAAGCGAAACGCAGAGGAACUGUCGUCGUACCAGAAGAAGCUUUUCGAGAUUGACGAACACACCGCCAUUGCCAUCGCCGGCCUCACAUCAGAUGCCCGCGUCCUGUCCAACUUCAUGAAGCAGCAGUCCCUGGGCCACCGCCUCACCUACGGCCGCCCGAUCCCCAUACACACGCUGGUCGGCAUGAUUGGCGAAAAGGCACAGAUCAACACCCAGGUCUACGGCAAGAGGCCGUACGGCAUUGGGCUGCUGGUAGCUGGCGUCGACGAGAACGGGCCCCACCUGUUCGAGUUCCAGCCAUCGGGUAUGACGGAGGAGAUGGUUGCGUUUGCUAUUGGCGCACGAAGCCAGAUGGCCCGAACAUAUCUGGAGCGGAACAUUGAGUCGUUUGCCGACUGCUCAAAGGAAGAACUGGUCAAGCACGGCUUGAGAGCGCUCAAGGAGAGCUUGGUACAGGACAAGGAGCUGACGGUCGAGAAUACAUCAGUGGGAUUGGUGGGCCUGAAAGAGGGCCCCAAUGGCCGAUCAAGCAUCGAGCCCUUUAAACUAUACGACGGCUUCGAGGUCAAGUCUUGGAUCGAGAGUGCCAGCGAGAGCCAAGGAGGCGAGGGAGAGGGAGAGGGAGAUGCCGCCGCGGGCGAGGGAAUGGAGGUUGACAGUUAG